UGAUGCGGACAGACUACUAUGAAUCUCCUCACAGUUACUAUUUUCUUGGCCGGUCUGGUCUCCCUUCUCCACGCCGAUACACCAGCAAACUGCACGUAUGAAGAUGUUGUGGGAGAGUGGGUUUUCUCCGUGGGACCAGGUAUGAAUGACAACACUCUCGACUGCAGCGACUACGACAUAUCCGGAUCCGUGAGCAACAUCACACUGCAGCUUUAUCAUCCAGCCGACGUUUCCGACCGAGACGGCAACGUUGGUUUCUGGACCAUGGUCUAUAAUCAGGGCUUUGAAGUUGUUAUCAAUGAUAAGAAAUACUUUGCGUUUUCGAUGUACAAGAAAAUUUCCGAAAAAAACUACACGAGCAUUUGCGAUGAGACAUUACCCGGAUGGAGCCACGAUACACUCGGAAGGGAUUGGGCUUGUUAUGUUGGCAUGAAGGUAACUCCAGGCAGGAAGAAGGCUGCCGAGGCGAAACCGAGUGAAGCUGUGCUGUCGCAAAAACUUUCUAUUAGUGAGAGUUAUGUGAAAGCAAUCAACAAAGUACAGUCUUCUUGGACAGCCGAGCUGUACCCUGAAUUGAAUUUGUACACAGUUGCUGAAGUGGUGGCUCGUGCUGGAGGUUUCUCUUCAGGACAACCAAAGGGAGCGAAACCGGCAGAAAUCACAGAAGAACUCCUUGAUCUAGUAUCAGCACUUCCGGAGUCGUUUGACUGGAGACACACAGACCAAGGCAUGAACUUUGUUCCGGAUGUUCGUAAUCAGGGCCAUUGUGGCAGUUGCUUUGCAUUUGCAUCAAUGGGGAUGCUGGAAUCGAGACUCAGGAUUCAGACACAAAAUCAAGUGAACGUUGUCUUCUCUCCACAAGAUAUUAUUGGUUGUUCAGAGUAUUCCCAAGGAUGCGAGGGUGGGUUCCCGUAUGUAACUGCUGGAAAAUAUGCGGAAGACUUUGGAGUCGUUGAAGAGCACUGUUUUCCGUACUUGGGCAAGGACAGUAAAUGUAUUACUUCUCAUAAUUGUACUCGUUUCUAUGCCACCGACUACUAUUAUGUUGGGGGAUACUAUGGAGCAUGUAAUGCAGCUUUAAUGCAGCUGGAGCUGGUUAGGAAUGGACCGUUCUCUAUUGCUUUUGAGGUGUACAAAGAUUUCUUGACUUACAAGUCAGGGAUUUAUCAUCAUGUUUUUACAAAUGAAAGUGACACACUCACCGGAGGCGAGUUUGAUCCAUUUGAGUUGGUCAAUCAUGGUGUACUUGUGGUGGGGUAUGGUCGUGACAUUGAAACUGGAGAACCAUACUGGAUUAUCGAGAACAGCUGGGGUGAAAUGUGGGGUGAAGAUGGAUUUUUUCGCAUUCGUAGAGGGACAGACGAGUGCAGCUGUGAAAGCGCGGCUGUUGCCAGCACGCCAAUCGUACCAUGACUAUCACUUGCACGGAUGAGUCUGCAUUGUUUGUGACAGACUUUUGUUUCGUUGUUAGCUGUUGAGCAUGUUACGGUGUUUGUAUAACUGCAACUGGAAUAUAUUACUUGAUAGACAACUUUAGUGUAUUUACGAAUAUACACAGACA